GCCGGCCUUCCCUUACCCACGCGAUGCUCGGAGUGCUUCCCGCUCGCUCACGCCGCUCCCUCCUCGGAACCCGCCGAGCGUUGGGCAGCUCCCCCUCGCUCCUCCUCUAACCCUCCUCCGUUUCUCGCAGUGAAGUUAAACGGCGGCCGGCACGUCCAGGGGAUCCUGCGGGGCUUCGAUCCCUUCAUGAACCUCGUCAUCGACGAGUGCGUGGAGAUGGCGACGGGAGGGCAGCAGAACAACAUCGGCAUGGUGGUCAUCCGAGGAAACAGCAUCAUCAUGCUGGAAGCCUUGGAACGAGUAUAG